CAGUCGACUCAGUCGGCGUCAGCCAACAGCGUGAGUGAGUGCGCGUCGAACGGGAACGUAGCCCGUUCGCGUUCGUUUAUGUGUUCUGUGCUCCUCUCGAGCGUGUUUGACUGUGUGCAUGCGUUUUCAUGUGUGUGCAUGUGUGCGUGUGUGAAUGCUCAAAAGGCCGACGGUUAAGCAAGGCCCAUGUAUAAUUUGACUACAGCCGAAAUUAUCAAAAAAAAAUAAAUAAAUUGCAUUUAUCAAAGCACGCGCUCAAAAUUCCAGAUAAUUGAAAACUUUUAAUCGGCUGCUUAAGGAUUAACAAACGUUCUAGAUAACUUAAAGCGGUUACUGUGUUAUUUUGAGUUAUUGUUGUGUAAGUGGGGCAUGGCUACAACAGGGGCAACUGCAGCCACCACAAGGACACCCAGCACAACAGCGGCUCAAGCGCCAGCCGUCGAUUAUUCAACAGCCACGCCCACUUGCACCACCGCCACAGUAGUCAUGCCCACUGUAGGCAUAGCGACUGGCUUGCCCCUGGGCAUGGCAGCUGUGCCCCAUCUGCCGCUGCUGGGUGGCUGCUUGGACAGCGCGGCCAACAAGGCCAUUGCAACGGGCAGCGGUGCACAGCCGACGGCAACUGCAAAUCCCAAUCUAACGGCCGUUCUACCCACACCCACAGCUCUGACGCACAACCACUGCCCGUCUACGGCGGUGCCAGCGGCUCCCACGUUGAGCCUCUUCGGCAGCUCGGGCAGCUCACCUCAGGGCACAAAUCUCAGCGCUUUGGCCUCCCAGCAUCGGCUACUGGAACUAUCAAGGUUUGGCCUAAGGGGCUACGAUCUGGCACAACAUAUGCUGUCGCAACAGGGCGCUGUAUCCAAGCUGUUGGGCACUUUGCGGCCGCCGGGACUGAUUGGUGGCUCGAAGCCAAAGGUGGCCACGCCGACAGUUGUCUCCAAGAUCGAGCAGUACAAACGCGAGAACCCAACGAUAUUCGCGUGGGAAAUACGCGAGAGACUGAUUAGCGAAGGUGUUUGCACGAAUGCCACUGCGCCCUCGGUGAGCAGCAUCAAUCGCAUCCUGCGCAAUCGCGCCGCCGAGCGCGCCGCUGCGGAAUUCGCUCGAGCUGCCAGCUAUGGCUAUGCUCUGCAUCCCACGCAUCCGCAUUCGCAUCCGUAUACGAGCUUUCCCACCUGGCCGGCCACGUUGCCGGGUCAUCAUCCGCUGUGGGGCGCUGUGCCGUUAGCCGCCAGCGGCGCCUUGCCGAACAGCAGCAGCUACAACAGCGACGGCAGCUCCAAUCCGAAUACCAACAACAACAGCAUCAGCGCAGGAGGCGGCAGCAGCGUGGGCAGUGGACGUUUAUCGCUGCCAGCCCUAUCGCCGGAGUCGGGCAGCCGGGACAGUCGUUCACCCGACGUGGAUGCCAAUCGCGUGAUAGACAUUGAGGGCGAGGACAGCGACUCGGAGGACAGCGAUCAGCCAAAGUUUCGUCGCAAUCGCACAACGUUCAGUGCUGAGCAGCUGGACGAGCUGGAGAAGGAGUUCGAGAAGUCGCACUACCCCUGUGUGGGCACACGCGAGAAGCUGGCGGCACGCACGGGACUGAGUGAGGCGCGGGUGCAGGUUUGGUUUUCCAACAGACGUGCGAAAUGGCGGCGUCAUCAACGGGUCAAUUUGCUGAAGCAGCGCGGCUCGACCUCGACAUCGCCCAUACCAGCUCCAACGCAGCAGGAGCCCAGUCUACAAUAUGCUACCCGUUCCAGUGCUUACCACUGCGAGGGCAACAACAACAGCAGCAGCACCACCAACAACAGCAACACCGUCACCACCACAAGCUUGCCAGCCACCACCACCCACACGAGCAUAAGCCCUACGGCCCACGACCCCGACCCAGUGACAGCAACAGCGCCGCCGCCUGCCUCAAUCACAGCAUCAGUUCCAUUAUUAAUGGGCGGUGAGCAUAGCGCCUUUCGAGCUGCCCUGCCCUCUGCCUCCGCCUCGUCGGCGUCGGCGUCAGCGUCGGCAGCUGCAUUUGCGCUCAACUUUGCCCGCCAGUACAUCUGGCGACAUAUGGGAGGAGUGCCGCCAAAGGAGCCCCAAACGGAGCUGGACGAGGAAAUCAACGUGGAUGCAGAGACAGAAACGGAAUCGGAGGCUAACUAAAGAGUGCAAUCAACCUGCUGCAAUUCCAGCACCAGAUACAUACAUAGAGACAUAUAUGCAAAUGCCCACAUCUAAUCCCAAUCUAAGAAUCAUGCAUGUCUAUGGAUUUGUCAGUUUCCUAUCGCUUUAAACCGAGAAUUUAGUGCAAUUUUUAACUUAAUUUAUUCAAUUUUGCAUUCCAAAACACGUGCUGAGUACAAAUAAAGACGGAAUCGAUGCAUGCGAUAUAUCGUUAUAUGUCGUAUAUGUAUA